AUGAGUUACUUACAAAAGUUAUUUGCUCUUCAUAAAGAAAUGAAAGAAUUAAUUCAACUAUUCUUUAUUAUUGAUGAAAAUAUUGGAAUGAAUAAUGAAAUAGAAAGUAUUAUGAAUACUUAUCCAUCUUUAUUUCUUUCACACAUUUAUUGUAAUGAUGAUACUAACAAUUACAUUACAGUUAAAUGUGAAAAAUUAAUUAAAGAAUUAGAUCAAAUAGAAAUGUGUAAUAACCCUAUUAGAAUGAUCAUUAUUGAUUUCAUUUUAAGUAUUGAUGGAAGUGGCAAUAUUCCAAUUGAAAUAGAUUAUUCAAAACAAAACGAAGUUAUUGAAUGGAAAGAUAGUGUCUUUGAAAAAAGUGUUGACCAUAUUGAGAAUGCCCUUAUUUACUAUACUGGUAAUCCUAUUGAAAUUAGUUGUACAUAUAAUGGUACUACUUAUCCAAUUAAAAUAACUAAUCCAUUAAUUGUAAAAGAUAUUAUUGAACCAAUUAAUCCACACUUUGUUGGAGAAUAUAUGUUAUCAGUAUUAGGAGGAAGUACUAUGCUUAUUAGAAUUAAUUCUGGAGAAUUAAAAAGAAAAGAAUUCAUUUAUGAAAAAGAAAUGAAGGCUGGUGGUGUCCAAACAAUUAUAAUGAAAUGUUUUGAUUGUUUUGAUAAUAUCACUUCAAUUGGACUUCUUCAAAUGAAAUUAAUUCAUCAUUCAAAAGAAAUUUUUAUUGAAGUAGAACAAAGUAAAAUUGGAUAUAUUAGUUGUACACCAGUAUUAUAUGACAGUGGUGAAUAUCAAAUAUCUAUACUCAAUGAUGCCAAUGAACAAAUAGAACAAAUCGUGUUCUCUGUUUUUCCUCUUGAAAUAGAUGAUUCACUAACUCAAGUCAAUGAUAGUUCUAAUACCCAAAUCCAAAACAUUUGUCUUAUAGAAGAAGGUGUAAGUACCUCAUUUCAACUUCAUUUCUUUGAUCAAUUUCAUAACCCCAUGGACGCCCCUAAAGACUUAGUAUGUGUGAGUAAUAUUAAUGAUAUUCAAUGUCUUGAUAAUGAAAUACAAAUAAAAAACCCUUCAAUAGGUGAAUAUACUUUAGAUGUCCAAUACUCUUCUCCUUCAAAUAGUGUAUGUGGAUUUCCAAAAAAAAUUAUUGUUAUUGAAAAACAAAAUGACCUUUCUUUUGAAUGGCAAAUACCAAAACAAGUCAUUCUUGGACAAUUACUUAUUAUUAAAUGCACAACGUUAUUAAAACGUAUUGAUUUGAUUAAUGUAACAGUUACAAUUAAUGACCAUCCGAUGAGAUCAAUGAUAAUUCAAACAUCAGAGGGGUUUGAUAUUCGUAGUUGGUGUAUUCAAUUUGGACAUGGAAAUAUAAAAUUACACUAUGGGUCUAUAGAAAAAGAAGAGUCGUUUAUAGUAAUUAAAAGAGAUGAAGGGGAUGAGAUGAACUUUUAUUUGAUAGAAUGA